AUGGUGAGCCUGAAAGGACUCAUCAUUGCAAAAGCUCCUGCCACAGCAAAUACUCCCCGAGCUCACGGAUUCAACCCGUUUGCGUUUGAAUGUCUUCGUGAUAUCGGCCUUGGGGAUGCGGCACUUGACCGGGCGACACGCGGCCCGGCGUACCAAUCUAUGCGUUGGUGCCGCAGUAUGGGGGGUCAGGAAUAUGCGAGGCUGCUGGGAUUUGGCGAUAAUCCCGCGAGUAUGGCCGCCACCGCAACCAUCUCUCCAUGCGAGUAUGUUGACCUGCCACAAUCGCACCUUGAACCAAUCCUGCUUCAGCACGCAUCGCAACACAACUUCCCAGUGCGUUUCUCAUCGGAGUUGGUCAACAUCGAACGCUGCGCGGGUGGCACUGUCAACGAUCCGUCAACCAUCAUCUGCACUAUUCUCGAUCACAUAAGCCAAAAGACUUACACUAUUCGCACUCGAUACUUGUUUGGUGCAGAUGGAGCCCGCAGCCAUGUCGUCCGUGCGCUCGACUUUAAGUUCAUCCACAAGCCUAGCUGGGGAAAUGCAUGUAAUGUCUUCUUCCGCGCAGACCUCGGACAUUUUUUACACGAGGGACGCCUUGCAGCACUUCAUUGGAUCAUACAACCCGAACGUACCAUAUUCCCAGGCGUUGUCGCUCAUUUUCGCGCAGUCCGGCCUUCAAAGGAAUGGGUCAUGGUUUGCUUUGGGCCCGACGGAAAGAAUCCCCUCGAAGGAUUGACAACCGAAAGCUCAGAGAUUACUGAGCUCGUGCGUGCACUUAUCGGCGAUGACACUGUGAAGAUCGAUAUCCUGGCCGUGGAUCCUUGGGCCGUACGUGAAAGCGUUGCCGAGGAAUACCGCCACAGUGGAAGUAAUGUCUUUCUUUUGGGAGAUGCCGCACACCGACAUCCGCCUUCCUUUGGUCUGGGGCUAAACACGGCCAUCCAGGAUUCGUAUAACCUAGCCUGGAAAGUUGCAUAUGUCUCCAGACGGUUAGCUGGUCCUAGCCUACUAGGUACAUACAGCGAGGAGCGUCAACCCGUUGGUGCUACCCUUGUCCGUGAGGCAAACAUUGGCAUACGGGCACAGGCAAAGAUGUGGGAGGCUCUCGGCAUGUAUGAACCCAGUCGUGAAGAACGCCUCAACCAGCUUGCUCGGCUGACCGAGGCGACGGUCGAAGGAACCGCUUGUCGGGCUAAAAUCCGCGAUGCGCUGGAUGAAAUCGAGCUGGAAUUGCUGAGAUUGGGUGUCGCCUACAAUCAAUGGUACACAUCAAAGGCCAUCGAGCUCACGGACGAGCCUGGAAAGAGACCACCCUUGGAGGGGAACCCCAUCACCACGCCCCAAAUCAGCACGUUUCCAGGUACUCGACUGCCCCACGCGCGACUGGAUCUCUCGACACGGCGGAAAGUCAUCUCAACGCAUGAUCUGGCAGGGAAGGCUGCGUUCUGUCUUUUUAUUGGCAUUGGUGGUGAAGCAUGGAGGGGAGCGGCUAGAACAAUUUCAGAGUCUACGGGAAUCCCCAUCAACGUGUAUGGGAUCGGCUAUGGCCUUGACUAUGCUGACAUCUAUGGCGAGUGGUAUAGGAAGCGUGGCGUUGAGGAGACGGGCUGUGUGCUGGUACGGCCUGACCGGUUUGUAGCAUGGAGAUCGCAAACGAUGGUGUCAGACUGCCACGCUCAGCUUAUGAAGGUUCUUGAGCGGGUUUUGUUCCGAUAUGAGCUGUGA